AUGAAGGUGGGGAAGUGGAAUGCAAAAAAGCUAAUCAUUCAAGAAGAAGCUGAGCCCAUAGCCAACAAAAUGGGAGCUAAAGGCCCGAGAACAUGUAAAGCACUAGAGCAAGCAGAAGAAAUCUCGUGGCUUCAUAGGAAAAGCAGAGGAGCGUCCAUGAUUCCACGAUAA